UUGUCAACAAAAAGUUGACAGUUGCUAUAUUUUUAAUAUUUUUAUUUAUUUUUCAUUGUAACGCUACUAGUUAGUGCUAAAAUCAUGCCGAAAUGUCCUGGUUACGAUCCAGACAAAGUGUUCCAAAGAUUCAAGGUAUUGGAGUUCCCGCCUUCAUUUGUUGGACUGUCCACUGUACAGUUUCUGGAUGUGGAAGUAGAUCUUAAAAAAUCGGCAUACCUCAAAACAAUGUGCGAAGGACACCUGGUGAAAUUUGAUGAUGCUCGCGAAUUAUCUGCCAAUCAUAGAGCCUACAAUAUAGAGUUUGAAAAUGGAACAACUAUAAAAGUUACAUUUCUGCCCAAAAAUGAGUGUAUUGCCAAAGCAAAACAUCAAACGCAAUUAGGCAAUAGAUUUGUUUUCGACCUACGUUUAAUACAAGUGGACGCAGUGAGAUGUUGCAACCUUGAACACCACUCAGAAAUUGGAAGAUAUUAUAUUAGCGGACAUUACGAGAUAUGUAAAAUAUCACAUUCUCCAAAAGUUGUGGACUUUGGUGACAUUCCAGUUAACAAUAAAGUUACUAGACACUUGCGUAUACGGAACGAGUCUCAAUUAAUUGCUGCAAAAAUGUGGAUUGAGAGAUUAACGUGUUAUGAAUUCCACCCUAUGAAAUUCACGAUACCCCCUAAUUCAUCUAUAAAAAUAACGAUAUCAUUAAAACCUGCAAGUUUUAAUAUUGCAAAGUCAUUUACGUUCAAAAUAAGAAAUCCUCACGAUGAACUAUUUGAUACUUAUUGUGAAACUUCAUCCCCUGAUGAAAAUUAUAUAACUUAUCGAAUUAAUAAUUACAGCAACAUUUCAUUCCCUAAACCAUCUAAGGUAGUAAUGCCCGAAUCGUUACAUAAAUUGAUCGAACAAAAUCCUUGUUAUACGUAUAUAAACGAAGAACUGAAAAUACACAAUGAAAGAAAAAAUAUAGCAGAUAAACACUUAGACUUCUGCCGGCCAAAAGGUCCGAAAAAAAAGGUAGUAGAGAAACAUAUUACUGGAAAGGAACGCUGCAACUCAGAUUUAUUAAAACAGAUUCAAAAAUACGACAAAAACUUCUGUAAAACGACAGUACCCAAAGUAUCAGCGUAUGACUUGUUUCAUAUAUUGUUCUUUCCAAACUUUAUAGAUUUUGGGAAAGUGGCCAUUUUGACUUACGGAGAAAGUGAGUUAAUUAUCAAAAACAAAACUAAAUAUACCAUAACCGUAAAAAUGAUCGCCGAUGAUUGUAUUUUAUACACUAAAAAUCGACAUCCGGAGACGGUAAUGAGAAUAAAACCACUUAAUGAUAUUAAACUAGUAAUUUUUUGUCAAGGUCUUACUGCAGGAAUACAUAAGAGUACUAUUAGUUAUAUCAUUGAUGGUUUUUAUACUGGUAAACAUCCAUAUACUAUGGAAGUUGGAAAUCCUGAACUCACAUUACAUGACAAGUGUAUCAAGUUUGGUAUGGUUACAACAGAUAGUUUCAUUACCUCAGUUCCUGUGCGUAUAUAUAAUCAUUAUAAUGUUGCGGUGAAUUUCCAAUGGGCAGAAUUACAGCCUGAUACUCCAUUUGAAAUAUUGCCAACCUCUGGCUGCGUACCAAGUAACAGCUGUAAGAUAUGUGCUAUUACAUACAUUUCCAAACCAACCAAAAGUAAAGUUCACGAAGUUUAUUUGAUUUCUGAUAGCAUAACCACUGAAAAAAUUAUGGUGGAACUAACUGUGGUUACACGAAAACUUUCUGUUAAAUUUCUGCAACAAAUGGUAAUGUUUAAAGACAUUCCUUUAAAUCUGGAAGUUGAAGAAAAAGUGAAACUAGAAAAUGCCUCGAGAGAAGUUGCGUUCUUUCACGUAGUGGAACCGUUAGUUCCUGGUAUAAGAAUAGAACCGAUGUCUGGUACAAUUCGACAAAAAACUGUACAGACUCUAAUUAUAAUAGUCAAAAUACCAUGUGUUAUGGAAUUUGCAAUUGAUAUCUUUGUUAGAAUAAAUAACAAAGAAAAUGUAACGAUGGCAAUAAGUGGAAACGUUAUUGAACCAAAAGUUACGAUACAUCCAAAGAUUAUUUACAUGUCUCGUAUACCUUGCUACUUGAUCACUUAUGUCCCUAUCACGUUUCAGAACUUUGGGUCAGUAAGAUCUGACGUCCAAGUUUUAGAUACAGGUGAUGACAACAUGUUUAACAUUUACGUCGCACAUGGAAAUGAAAAACAAAGAAUUACUGAAUUUAGCCUUCAAGCGGGACAUUCAAAAGUAGUUUACAUAAAAGUAUGUGAUAUAUUUCGUAGAGAAUAUGAGAUGUACAUUCCAUUCAAAAUUAACGGUUUAUUAGGGCCUCCUAAUGAAAAUAACUGGUCCACAGAAUUCAAUUAUUAUGUUGGCGAAUAUGAACAAUACUAUCAACAUAACCCAAAAUUAAAAGUGAAGAGUGUGAACAAAGAUAUUUGUUAUUGUCGUAUUGCUGGAGUGAUUACCCUGCCCUGGAUUGAAUUCUCUACUGAAAAGUUUGAAAUUGAUUACAUUCCCCAUGGAGCAAAUAAAAUGGAUUUUACGAUAACAAAUAUUUCUAAACACCAGUUAAAUGGGACAGUUAUAACAUCAAAAAUAGAGCCUGUUUUCUCUUUACAUGUGAAAGAACAAGAAGGAGAAACUGCGCUUGUGACGGAACAUAACAUAAAGUUUGUCCUUGGUCCCCAAAAAGGAAUCGAGCUCACUUUACAAUUCCAUCCCAAAUGUCAUGGGAAAUUCACGACAACAGCCUUAUUAUAUUUAGAUAAACACAUGACUAUACCUUACUACAAUUUGACAUUUACUGGUAAAAGAGAAAAUCCAACAAUGACACCCAGUACCUACAGAGUAAUAUUUCCACCUUGUCACGUUGGAUCAGAAAUAUCUGAAAUAAUUACUAUUGAUUUGGCCGCAGAAUCUGAUUUAGAUGCAUUCAGAUGUUCUAUUAAUGAGGACUCUAAUCUCAUCAUAACAUUCAUUGAACACAACUUCGAAGAAGAAAAUGAAGAAAUUCAUACAAUUGUUACGGUUAAAUUGGAAAUCAGAACCGAUUUACCUUAUUUAGAUAAUAUCUUGGUUACUUUUUACCAUGACAGCGGGUCUUCUUGUGAAGUAGAAGUUGCUUUUUGUGUCACAUUUUGCAUAAUUACUUUACAUGCUGAUCAUCUCGUUAAAACAGAAGAGAAUCCAUAUCCUUAUUAUCCUUUAAGUGAGCAGACCGAUCUUUACAAUUACCUCCAAAAGUGCUCUACAUUUUUAGAGAAAUGGAUGUUCCAACAAGGAUUCCGUAGAGAUUUAUAUCCUACUAUUCCUGAUACGUUCCAUGCUCUGGCGUCUGCAAUGAUAGUUCAGCCGGCAACCAAGACUAAAGGAAUUAAUGCUUCAUAUUUGAAUUUUGUUAAAAGGAUUGCUGGACCACUUAUGAAGCAUAUCCGAAAAAUAGUAGUGCAAGGUGACGAGCCAUUUAAACAUGUUAAAGAAAUUCAUGACACAUACAAAGAAAUUAUCAAUUUAUUAAAAUCACGUGGUGCUAAUUUAUGGUUCUUACAAGCUAUGUACCUGCUAAGUCAUGAACAAUUUGUUAUUUAUUGUCAUAACACUGAAAUAAAGUCCCAUGCUGAUAAGCUGCUUACUAAACAAUUACUCUCAGAUGUAAAUUUAUUCAACAGAUUAAAUAAACAAAGUUGGAUCGACUUCAUUUUACAAAGCUACAAAGUCUUCGUUAUGGACAGUUGCUUCUUUGAUUGUGUUUGUGUUACCACUAUACCUAGGGACACACUCAAAGUACUGCUCGACUGGUAUAAUGAACAGAUUAUGUUUGAACAACAACAGCUUAUUGGGAAAAGCCAACCAGUUAAACAAAUUGCCAAUCUAACAACAGAUUUAUCCGAUGGAAUCGCUCUAGCGUCAGCGAUAACACAUUUUUGUCCAUUUCUGAGUGAUCAUUUUACAGCAUUUUGUGAAAUAAACGAGGCCAGUAGAGAAGGCGACAUCAUCAAUAACGCUAGCAUUAUUAUUGAGGCAAUCAACGUACUUAAACUUUAUUUUCCACUAUCAACUAAAGACUUCUUUGAACCAAAUUUUUUACAGAUGUUGUUCUUAUCUAUACAUCUGUUUGUCGUUUUACCUACGUUUAAAAUAAAACAAGUCAUCGAUUUCCGACCACCACUACUAAGAAGUUCAUCGCGACAAGUUGUAAUAAAUCCAACCAGUCAAGAAUCACUUACAUUUAGCUUUAUAUUGCUAAACAAUAUUGGAAAUAACUUUUACGUUGAAAAAUCUCCAGCUGACAAUGGAAAAAAAAUGUUGUUAACUGUUAAAUAUACUGCGAACUUUGUGUCUGAUAAAAGUUGUAUCCUUAUAGUACAUGGUUACAAUAAGACACGAAUCUUCGACACAUAUAUUGUGUUUAAGCUACACGGACAAGUUGGAUUACUAACCCCUGCAAAAAAGUGUAAAGUGUCUGGACCACUAUACCGACCAAUAAAGGUGGAUGUAUCGGCCUCUUCGCCAUUUUUAGGUUCACAUUUAUUUAAGCUGUAUAUCACAGAUGUGGAACCAACAAUUCCAGUAAAUUUUGAAGAACCCUAUGAACCAAAAUUUUUCAUACGUCGACUAAACCUAAUUGAAAAAGAGGUAACAUUGACUGGUUCACCAAAGGAGCAAGGGCUAGAUACGCCUGAUCACAAAUUAUAUUUGCAAAUGACAUGUCUCAGUGUCCAGGUGGAAAACACAUGGAUUUGGUUCUUGAGCGACGUGGGACAGUUUUUCAUAAGAGUAAUGACACAACCUCGCUGGGAUAUACCUAUUGACAGCCUGCAAACUAAAGUACACUCGUGGCCGAUGGAUCCCUGCAGCUGCGGAGAGGCAUGCGAGUGCUAUAGAACUACCAUCGUAAUGAUACCGCAUCGUGUCGACCUCAUGAUAAGGUCUAUGCGGUAUGCUUUACUAGAGCAUGCCUCCAGCACUAUGAUUCAAAUCUUUGAUCGCUUGAUCGAUUCGGCAACUGGUAAAAUAGUUCUAUCGAUGCUGUUGGAGGAGGGUGGAACUAACAUGAGUGAUGUGAAUCAUAUUCUUCGUAGUAGCAAUACUUACAGGAUCACGUCGCGGGCUCUGAUACCGCGCAUAGAACGCGCCACAUUGUAUCAUCACACGAAUGCCAUACUUGCAUUACCGGUCACUAUUCCAGCUAAAGAUAAGUCUGAGAAAUAUUCCAUUACGUUAACUUCAACCUGUGGCUUAGAUAUUCGCACAUAUAGAAUAUUCUUUGUCGAAUCUGGAGAAUUGAACGAAUGAUAUGCAGAACUAUUUACACCUCACACAAUCUCAUGUUGAUUAGAAACCUCAAUAACAUAAUUAUUUAUGAACAACG